CUGAGCCGCGCCCGGGGUGUGACCGGGCUGUCCCCAGCCGGGACUGGGAGCGCUGGGGUGGGGGCGCGGCGGGGCCGGUCUGCGCUGGGGGGGGCCCCGGCCCCCACCUUCUCCCCCGGUUUGUUCUCUCUUUUUUUGAAAUCACGUGAUAAAUGCCAAACGGCGGCUGCCGUUACUCAUCCCGGCACCCUCCCGGCACCGCUUCCCCCCGGGGGCGGCUGCCGCUGACUCAGGACCUGCCGGCCUCCCCCCGGCACCGCGGGGACCCCCCCGGGCCCCCCAAAACCGCCGUCCCUUCAGGAGGUGUCACCUGGUGCAGCAGCGUCCCCGCGAUGCUCGCGUGAGUCUGGGGGGUCCCAGCGCCCCAAAGCCGCCCCCGGGGGCUGUCCCUGCUCCAGGGGGUCCCGGGACUGUCCCUGCUCCCGGGGGUCCCUGGGCUGUCCCUGCUCCCGGGGGUCCCGGGGCUGUCCCUGCUCCCGGGGGUCUCGGGGCUGUCCCUGCUCCCGGGGGUCCCGGGGCUGUCCCUGCUCCCGGUGGUCCCGGGGCUGUCCCUGCUCCAGGGGGUCCCGGGGCUGUCCCUGCUCCCGGGGGUCCCGGGGCUGUCCGUGCUCCCGGGGGUCCCGGGGCUGUCCCUGCUCCAGGGGGUCCCGGGGCUGUGCCUGCUCCCGGGGGUCCCGGGGCUGUCCCUGCUCCCGGGGGUCCCGGGGUGCUCGCGGUGUCCCCAGGGCUCGGUGGCCGUGGCUCGGGGCCAUGCUGGCCAUUUUGUCACCUCCCGCCAGCAGGGCGGGGGCGCAGCACCCCCUCUGUCACCCGUGGGGACCACCCGGCCCCGUGGGGAGACUCGGAGCCCCCCCCAGUGUGACAGGGAGGAGCGGCUCCCACGGCUGCCCCCGUGCCUCAGUUUCCCUUUCCCACCCGCCGGGUGCCACUGCCCCCUGCGGAGGGAAGUGGGGGUGUCCGGGGAGGGCGUUGGGGGCCCCGCUUCCUGUGACCCCCCCGAGCUGCGCCCCGCCGGAGGGAGCUGCCAACCGCAGCGCUGGGCUGCGCCUUUGGUGGCCGGACUGUCCCACGGGGUGUCCUUGCCACCCGGCCACGGCCAUGCCACCCCCACAGUGUCCCCAAAGUCACCCUGCAGCCCCCUCAGCUGCGCUGCCACAGCCGGGCUGCGGGGGAUGUGGCCCCGCUGUCCCCAGGGUGCGGGACAGGGGACAAGGUGGCGUUUGGUGGCUCUCGGUGGCGUCCCGAGUCCGGCUGGAGCCACCAGGUCCCCCGUGCGGCCUGGCUGUGCCAGCUGCGGUGACAAGGGACAGGCCAGGCCUGCCUCAGCCGCGAGGGCUGCGGGGGCUUCUUGCAGGGACAGGGGCUGGGGUUUGUCACCCCCCGCCUGUCCCGAGGGCAGCGGGAGCAUCCCUGGGGGAAUUGUCCCCUCUAAACGCCGGGGGUGUCACAGCAGCACCACGGGCACUGUCCCCAGGGCCACCCAGGGGUGUGCAGCACCCUCCCACCCCGGCUGUGUCCCCUACCCCUGGUGGGACACACCUGGCUCCGUGUCCCCAGUGUCCCCCGUGUCCCCCGUGUCCCCAGUGUCCCCUCUGUCCCCUCUGUCACCCAUGUCCCCAUGCCAGCGGGUCACACCUCACUGUUUCCCAGGCAACAACUUCAUUUUAUUGUUUUUCCCAGCAAAACCCCCUCUUAUUUUGGGCACCUCUAAGGUUUCUUUUUCCAGCUUUCAGUUGGGUUGGGUUUGGGUUUUUUUUCCCUUUUCUCAGUGUUUUUAUCAUUUAGGGGAAAAACAAAGCAAUUCUCGCUGCUCGGGCCCCGCUUUUCCCUGCAGGGGGAGGGACACGGGCACGGCGGGCGCUCCGGAGGGACGGGACUGUCCUGGUCCCCCUGGCCGCAGGUGUCGCUCAGGGAUGCUCUGACGUCCUCUGAGGUGGCGCUGGAAUCUCAUCCCGGCCGCUCCUCCCGGAGGGAUCCCCUGCGAGCACAAUCCCGGGGGCGCAGGGGGGCUCCCGGGACCCCCGGCCCGGCUCGGGGGUCGCGCUGCCAUCCCCGCGUCCCCUCCGCCGGGGUUUAUAGGAAACGGCUCUGCGAGGAAGUGCCCGGCUGGCCGCCCCGGUGAGGGUUUUUUUCCUGCCGUGGGCGCCCCGGGGGUGCGGGGGAUCCGGUGUGAGUCAAAGCCGGAGCCCCGGGGUUCAACCGCAAGCCCAGAGCUGCCGUGUCACGGCAGAGCCGCGCCAGAGGCGUUUAUAAGAAACGGAGGGGCUGCCCUGAGGGGGGCGGGACCCCGCGGGCACCGCGGCCGUGCCCAACACCCCCUGGGGACAGCUCCCCCGGCUCCGGGGCUCGGAUCUUAGCCCGGGUUUGCUGCGGAGGGCCCGGAGCUGCCGCCCCUCUGCCUCGCAGCUCAGCCCCUUCCCGGAUCCCCCCAAAGUGCCCAAAGCACCCAAGGGUGCCCUCAUCACACCGAGGUGACCCCAGGUACCUCAUCCAGCCGGGGCCUGGUGCCAGCAUCACCCCUGGGUGCCUUAUCCAGCUGUGUUCCAGGUGCCAGCAUCCCUCCAGGGUGCCCACGUCACUCCCAGAUGCUCUUCCUCGAGGUUUCCACACCUGGGCUCGGGGGACAGCCACGGUGGCACUCGCAGUGCCCGGGGACCUCCUGCCCUCCCCACGCCGUGAACCCUCCCGGCCGAGCACCGCCGUGUCCCUGAUGCCCGUGACGGGAGGGGCUCUUUGCUGCGACCCCCUCCCCGUCCCCAGCCACGGCGGCCUCAGAUGACAGCGCGGGGGGGACACAGCCGCACACAGACGCGGCCCCGGCUGCCAUGUGCCCAGCGCCAUCACGGCUGCCGCGGAGAGACAAGUGCCACCGGGCCCCUGGGGAGCCGCGGGCCGCCCGGGAGCCGCCGCCGCUCUGCGGGGAGGUGACGGAGCCAACGCGCCGUGACACGGGGCUCGCGGACCCCCCCCCGCCACGGCCAGCGCCUCGCCAGCGCCCGCCGGGGGGACUUCUCGGCUGUCACAACCCAUCUGCGCUGGGGACAGCGUCAGCCGGCGCCGUAAGUGGGGUUAAACUCGGGGUCACCCCGAUCGAGCAUCCAAAGCGGGGGGGGGGGUCUGCUGGAAAGGAACACCCCCUCCCCAAAUCCCUCCGUGUCCCGGAACCCCCCGCCCCUGCUGUCGCCAGGGUGGGACGCUCUGGGGAGGGACAGUGAAUGCGUCCCCUGGUCCCCGCGUGGCUCUGGGGGACAGCAGCGGUGGUGGCCGGGCACUGCGGUGGCCCCGUGGCCAGCGUGUCCCCAGGGGGCUGCUCCUCAGCCCUCGCUGCGGGUCACGGCGGCCACGGGGACACGCGGGGCCGGGAGGGACACGACCCGCGGCUGGCCCCGCUCUGGCCGCUGGCCCAAAAUCCGGCACCCGCCGGGGGCCGCGGGCAGCGGCCGCCUGAACUCCCGGUGACCCGCCGGGACCGCCGCUGCGGCCACCGCGGGGCCACCCCAGCACCGGGCCACCCUGCCGGGUCCCAGCCCGGCGCUCCCGGGUGGAUCCGGCCCCGAUCCCCGCGGGAGAACCGGGGCUGUCCUAGAGCCCCGCAGGGCUGCGACAGCCGCGGUUUGGGGACAGUGUGGCCCCGCCUGGCCGCAGGAGCCUGGUGCCAGCCAGGUGGGGUUUGGGGCUGGGGUCCCACGGCCCCGGCAGAGGCUCAUGGCGUGGGUGGCGUGUCCCCUUCCCCUCACCUCCACCGCCCCCUCCCUCCUUUCCGCCCCCCCGCCGCCGCCCGGGCUCUCGC